CCGUAUGAUUUUGUAAACAAACUCUGACAUAACUCGACUAAAAUGGCGCCCUGUCAAAUCGAUAAAAAUUCACCUUCUAAAUACAUCCACCAUUUGUUGCAAAGCAUCUCAGCACCUCAGUGAAAAUGAAGCCAUGCUUAUAACGUCAAACAACAGUUGAAAGCAGUCCACCGUUUACAAACAAGCGAAUACACUGUGCUCAGAUUUGCGUUUCGUAUUGUUUCUUUGUUUAUUUUGCGAUUAUUUACUUUUACACAUUCAAUGAUUAAUGCUCAUAUUUCGUAGGAUUGAAUUUAUUAAGUGAUGCUACGAAAAUAUUGUUAGACAAUUAACUUUGGAAGAUUAAAUGCAAAGCGAAUCAUGGCACAAAAUGUGUCCAACGAUUCUUUGGACGAUAUUGAAAACAAAUCCGAUGUGUUGAAUCAUACUAGCUAUUCGCUGCGUGAUGCAUCCGCUUUGCAAAACGAUCUGCUCGGAUUAAACGAUGUCGAGCUGCUGGACAAAAGUGUAACGGAGCUGCUGGACGACCCAUAUAGAAUUAAAUUGCGACGAAACAGUAACUAUGACGGGUUCGAUCAAAACCUCGGAGACAGCUGGAUUUAUCCGGUCAACUAUCCAUUGAGACGGUAUCAGUUCACAAUCACAGAGUCAGCCCUCUUCAAGAAUACGCUUGUUGUGUUGCCUACCGGUCUAGGCAAAACAUUCAUAGCGGCCGUCGUCAUGUUCAACAUAUACCGCUGGUAUCCAACAGGCAAGGUGAUCUUUAUGGCUCCAACCCGGCCUCUCGUCAGCCAGCAGAUCGAGGCGUGCUAUCGGAUUAUGGGCAUUCCUCGGGAAGACACGGCCGAAGUGACUGGAAAGCAACCACGCCAAAAGCGUGCAGCGCUGUGGCACAAUAAACGUGUUUUCUACGCUACGCCGCAGGUCGUGCUGGCGGAUUUGCAAUCGACCGAACAAACGUUCCCGGUCCAACAGGUCCGUCUAAUCGUUAUAGACGAAGCGCACAAGGCAAAGGGACGUUAUGCGUACACUGAUGUGAUUCGUUUGAUAGCAGAGAAAAACCCAUAUUUUCGAGUGUUGGCACUGUCCGCAACACCCGGUCGAACGUUGGAAGAUGUUGCCGAAAUUAUCAAGAAUCUGCUUAUAUCACACAUUGAGGUGCGAUGGAAUAACUCGAUCGAUGUGUUGCCGUACGUGUUUCGGAAGGACAUACGAACCAUCGUGAUACCGCUCGGCCAAACGAUCGAGCGCUUGCGGAAGGAGCUGCUGCAACUUGUUAAUCCAUACUUGGAGCGGUUACUCGAAUCGAAUGUGUUCAUGCGUUAUCCUAACACAGUAACGUCCGGAUUGCUCAUCAUGGAGCAAAAACGAUUUCGCAGAAAUGCUCUUCAACAGCGCCAUCGGAAUCAUUCUGCCAUUUGCGCCGAUUUUGGUGUUUGCAUCAGUAUGUACCAUGCGCUCGCUUUGCUCGUUAAGCACGGUAUAAGGGCAUUACUGAACUUUUUUGAUGAUGGUGGUGGUACGAAUGUAAAAGAAAAGUAUUUCGUCGCAAACGACCCACAAAUCAAGACAUUCCUAGAACGGUUGCGGGAACAGUACCAGCAUCGUCAUCAGCAGCAAGGAUUAGACGACUCGAGUGUUUUGACCGGAAAUGAUGAUAUUGAUUUCGGUCAUCCGAAGUAUCGCAUACUGGAACAGCAGCUGACAACAUUCUUUAAAGAGUUCCCAGACUCGAAAGCGAUAGUGUUCUGCGAGUUUCGUGAUUCGGUUGCAAUGAUUAAACGUAUGCUUAGCAAAAAUGAACCGUUGAUGCGACCGAACAGUAUUGUUGGGCAAGGCGGGGCCAACGGUGUCCGUGUGCCACAACAAGAACAGAUAGACGUAAUGCGCCACUUCCGUUCCGGAACGUACAACACCCUCAUCGCCACAUGUGUCGCCGAGGAAGGCAUUGACGUAGGUGAGGUGGAUCUGAUAGUGUGCUUUGAUGUUGCGAAAAAUCCCGUUCGAUUCGUGCAAAGAAUAGGCCGUACGGGACGGCAACGAGUCGGACGAGUUUUGAUGCUCGUUACUGAGGGUGAGGAACACAAUACACUUAAGCAAGUGCUCGCAUCGAAGGACAAAACGAAUCAACAGCUUGCCCGCAGCAAAGAUAUCUUGCAAGUUCUUUACCGCCAUUCGCCCCCUCUCGUACCGGCAGGAUUGCAACCAAAGUGUGUAAAAAUGUUUAUGAACAUUUCUGGCGAACCAACCACGGUACACCAUACCGGUUCGGAUUCGUCAGACGGAGAAGCUCAGAACACCGUAAAAGGAAACAAUAGAAAGAGAAGAAAUAACCGGUUAAAAGAUGAAGCGAGUGAAGUAACCGAGCCAUCAUCAAAACGAAAUAAAACCACCGAAACAAAAACACGGGACGUAAGAGAUUUUUUCCAACGGCAGCGAAACGCUACAACGGUUGAUCUGGAUGCUAGUGAAUGUGAAUUUUUUGUCUUGGACUCAUCGUAUCAGAAAGACAAGAAUGGUUUAAAGGAUCGAUCGCACGGAAAUUCAUCCAUACCAUAUGAUAAAUCGAUUCGUCACGGCCGUACGGAUGCUGAAGUGGCUAUCGCUGCCCUGCUUCAACCUUUGAUAAGAAACUACAAACAAUUGUGCCGACAGAAAUGUCUGAACAAACAUAUACUACUACAUCCGCCCAAAGUAAUGCAGUUCGAUCGGAAGGAAUCUUCAAAUAAUGUUCCGUUGUUAGACGAUCCACUCGACCUUCCCGAGCUGAUUUUCCGAGAACUUGACAGUGGGGAAGUUGAACAACCACCUGAAGAGAGCCAGGUUACGGAUCGAUCCAUCUCAAAUCUAUUCGAUUCCUCGCUUAAUCUAUCGGAAACAACUGUCACCAGCAAGUGUCUAUGGAAAGACGAUACAUGUAAACUAUGGAGAGAACCCAAAAGAGUCAUUAAUGUUAAAAAAUCCCGUGUAUCGACGCUGAAAAUUCGCCAAAAUCGUUGCACCUCUCCGAAGGAUUUAUGCAAUAGCCCACUUUUACUUGCGUUCAAUCGAUCGGCGAAGAAAAUAAAAAACUCGGAUGCGCUCGAAACACCAGCGCGAACUAAUGCUCGAUCCAAAACAUCACACUCUUUGCAUAAACAAAAGAUAGAAAGUGUUUCACAUAAGAUGGUUCUGGAGUUUUUUCUUUUGCAAAAUUUGGAGCAAAUCUUUGGUGACGAUAGUUCUGAGAAGUUAGAUGCUUUUGGCAUAGAUCCUAUCGAUCAAAGGAAAGCAAUUGAAAAUUUUCAUCCUAAAGGACUUCCUUCAAUCAGUAAGAGACUAUCUGGUGAGCUCAAAAACUCCUCUUCAUUAAUUUUACGUGAUAAGCUAACGACGAGGGAAGAUGAAUAUGCUUCCACCAGGACGAAUUUGGUAACUACAUCGGAUCUGAAUUUGACCCGUCCCAAACAAAGAGCAAAUGCGCAUGUUACGAUAGAAUCUGUCCGUGUGUUGGAAAGCAGCAAUAAUUUCAACAGAAAAAACUUUGAUUUAGGCACUCCCGAGUUAGUUUUUCAGGAUGAUAGCAAUAACGAGUAUAAGGUUGAUAGCAGCUCACCACCUAAGCCCUCCUCUAGAGAGUCGAUUAAAUCUUAUACUGUCACUUCGAAAUUGGCUAGUAUUCGUUUGCAAAAUAGCAACAAAAUCAACUCAGAAGAGAUGCAUUGUCUGCCUGGUAAAUCACCGUAUUUUGUUUCUUCCUAUGAUAAAUUGACACCGUCACCCUGUAUGGAAAAUCUGAAGAAAGCAAAAGAGUUAAAAGAACCGGUACACGCACAGCUGAUCCGCAUUAGAAAUGACGAAGGAAUGAGAGAAACCAGAGAGGUGAUGAAAUCUUAUACUGCCACCUCGAAAUUAGCGAGUUUGUGUUUGCAAAGUAGCGACAAAAUCUGCACAGAAGAUAUAUACUGUCUUCCUGGAAAAUCACCGUAUUUUGUUUCUUCCUAUGAGAAGUUGACACCGUCGCCCAAUGCCCAUAAUGUGAAACAAUCAAACAAUUUAAUUGAGCCAGUGCCUACCCAACCGAACACUGGUAGAAAUAACGAAACAAUGAAUGAAACUACUAUAGGCAAAAAAGUACGACGCGCUUUCAAUAAUAGGAUAGAAUCUAGUUCGGUGAGCUUGAAGGAUGAUAACGAAGAUGAAGAAUCGCUUGGCCAUAAUUCGGUGUCGCGCCCCAAACACACUUCGACAGACAAAGAGGAGGAAGAUGAUGAAAUUUUUAAAUCUGCUAUCGAGAUACGCUCGUCGCACUUGUCGAAUCGCCUCAACAAGCCAGCGAAACUUGGGAAAGGCAAACCGCGAAAGCGCAAACAGAAUGGUCGUGAUUUUCUUCAAAGUCAGGCUGCAGUAUCGGACGACAGUAAUGAUGAUGAUGAUGUUGGAGACGACAGCGAUGGGGAGAACUCACUGGAAAAUUUUGUCACUGCAUCCGACGAUGAGCAGAGUACGGUUGACAUGCGCGCAGUUUAUUUGCAGUCCGUGCGCAGCCCCCUUAUACGCCGUGGAGGUUUCAAAAUAGUAUCCAGUGGGCCUAUUAAACAACAGGAUGUGGAUGAUUCAUAUUUGGAUGAAACUGAUACACACUACGCCCAAGAAGGAAGUCAUGAAGCUGCUGUUGCGGACAUGAAUGAGGAGGAACAGUUACUGAAUUCCUUCAUCGACGAUAACAUCGUGAUGAGCUUGGAGUCUGAACUGUCCGAGCUUGAGAUGGCUGAAAGACUGCUCAAAGAACGUCGCCGUAAAAAUAGGCGGACACGCCAAUCAGAUGAAAUGUUUUCUGCUCAAGGAAGGAAGACACGACUCCGUCAAAUCGUAGAUUCGACUUCAGAUAGUGAUUGACAUAUGUUGAACUAUUAAAGAAAAAAAUAAUUUCUAUUUUUUGUAAUUUCUAAACCGAGAGAAGAUCGUAUUAUUUUUACAACUGAUA